AUGACUAUACCGAUAACGAAUGAGGGCCUAGUUAGGCCUCGUACUAGGUGCCAAGUCACCCCCUCAGAGGAGAGCACUGUUUUUGACCUAGCUCUACUGAGUGGAGGUGCUGCAAAGAAAGUGAAGAUGGGUAAGCGAGUAGAGAAAGCUAUGAAGGAAAAGGCAGCAGCCUCCACCUCUCAAGAAGCAGCGGAAGAGGAUCUCAACAAAGCACCAGAGCCUUACACCUGCACUGGUCAGUUUGAUGCAGACUUUACUGAGCUUUGUCGAAGAGCUGGCCUGCCACAAACAGAAACCCCCCCUGUGGUGCUGCGGGCCAAGCGGCCAGGCACCCCUCCUCCUCCAGACCCCAAGGCGAAGGAUCCCACACCCCCAGAAGAGCCUGUGGAUGAUGCCGAUGAGGAACCCAAACCAAAAACAUACGUCACCAAGGACAAGUAUGCAUACUUCAAACCAAGCAUACAGGUGGAGAUGGAACAUGAGGACAAACCAGCAACAGUGACUGAGAUCUAUAUCAGAGGCUGGAAGGUAGACGAUAUGAUGGUCGAUAUUUUUAGAAACUGCUUCCCAACAAUCGAAAAGCUGAACACUAUAAAUUUUUGGAAUGCAGGAUUGACUGAUAAGACUUUGAGAGAUUUGGCCUCAUUUUUCCCCCAGUGUCCAAACCUAAAAAAUGUUUCCAUCGAAGGCAAUCCAAUUGCUGAAGAGCCAUGGGCAUGUCUUAUUGGAGAGGAUAGUCUAAUUGUCAACCUGUCUUUACGCCAUAAUGACAUAACUGACAGGGGGGCAUCAGGCAUCGGGGCAGCACUGUCCACGGUCACAACCUGCAACAAGAAUCUUAUCUCACUCAACCUUAGCCAUAACAAGUUGACCGAUGUGGGCACCGAGGCAAUUGUCAAGGGUCUUCGCAUGAACAGGGUCCUGCUUUGCCUUUCCUUGGCAAGCAACAAGAUAACAGACAAAGGAGCAGUUAAGUUCGGCGAUGUGUUGUCCCGAUUUCCACUCACUCACGAGGAGGUAGUCGAGAGGCGAAAGCUACAUAGUGAUAAGGGUUCUCCUGACAGAGGCACCGGCAAGUCGCCACCCCCCUCCAGAAGGGCGGAGUCUAAGGACAGGCCUGGAAGUGUUCGCAGUGGAAGCAUUCUUGACAAAGGAGAUAAAAAACGAGACAAAUCCUCUAAGAAAAAGGAUAAUAAGCAUGAGAAGAAAAAUGAGAAGGAGGAUGCUGGGAAGGGAGCUAAGACGGUAGUGAUGAUGGACAACAAGAAAGACAAAGAGGAAGGUGCUAAGGGUGGAACCAAGAAAGAUGACAAAUGGAAAAAGGGGGCAAAAGCUGUCAUGGCUGGUGGAAGUCGGUCAUCUAUUGUAGGACUAAAUACUUCACGGCACGGUUCCAGAGCUUCCCUUGUAGCUGAAACGGUCAACAAGACUACCAAAGGCAAGAAGACCACGUCAUCCAAGGACAAAAAGGGAGGGGCAGUGCCCGAAUCAGAGUCCCCAGAUAUGGUAGAAGCCAUCAAUCCUUUGCUAUCCGAAUCAGUGGAGUCCAUUGAUGGCCAGCUAUGGAUCCCUGGUAAUAGAUCCAUCAUCAAUCUUAACUUGUCAAGGAAUGAGAUAGGUGAAGCUGGGUUAAAGUCCUUGCUCUUAGCAUUACAGUACCAGAUCACGUUAGCUAACCUGGCCCCCCACCCAGCAAUGAAAGGACUCAUGAGACUGUCACUCAGCAGAAAUCCAGUCCGUGCUGACAGCGAGGCCUACCAGAAAUUGCAGGACCUGAUGCUGUCUAGAGAUCCAUUCUACAAACCACAGGCCAAGAGCCCAGACGGAGAAGUACAAUCCCUUGCUGGUUGACCAGUCUUGGUUUUCACAAGAUCUGUAAAACGACUGACACAGCCUAGUAGGGAUGAACUUAAGCUCUCUGUAUCUGAUGCCACCUCAGGAUUACUGAAGAUGCUGGAAGUAAACCGAAUAGUUAAAUGUGAAAAAUUCCCCAUACUUCAAUGCACCAAGAUUUCUAUUCACGUGACACUGCCAUCUCCUGCAAUGAAAUUGUCCCAAGAGCAAGACUAUCCAUGAGACUUGAGUCUUGGGCAGAGAAUAGCUUGUGAAGGCCAUUGUUGUCGACACAAACUUGAUUUUCAGACAUUUUAUGAACCCUUUUAGCUCGACUGCGAAGUCAAUACAGCAUGUACAUGUACUUAAUGCAGGUCUUGCUUUUGUAGGUUUUUUUACUUUCUGUGUGAUUGGCAUGGCAAUGCAAAAUCACAUUACAAAUAUUUAAGACAUGAGAGACAUAGCAUCCUUAUUCCUGAAUGUUUGGAGAUUCGUGGUAUUGGUGUGGUCGUAACAUAAUGCAAAACUGGUUGAAGCUUGUACAGAGAAACACAAACAUGAAAAUGGUUUGUUAAUAAAUGAACCUGAACCAAAAUCUGUGUUUCCAGCUUUGAUUGGAGUACUCCUGGCUGUCGGCAUCUACGUCAACGAUUAUCUUUGGACAUAAAUUUUCCACAAAAUUCAUGAUGGAAAGAUAGUUUCUCAGACGUGUGUGGAAACUGAAUUACAUGUAUUUCAUACAAAAUAGCCUUGUAUUAAAAUGAUUUCAUGUAGAAUUCUGCUCAUUGUACAGUGUCAUGUUGUAUACAAGUAACUUUGUAAACAAUCUGUGUUCAGAACUGAAUUUUAAGUUAUAUGUUUCAAUUGAAUUCUAAUGUGUAAAUACCCUUAUACAUGAUUGGAAGAGUUUUGUACUGAAUUAAAAUGUUCCAAGAGAUUAAAUAA